UGGAACGUGCUCACGGAGCAAAGACGCCACCAGACGACCUGCUCGGAACCACCGGGUCGGACCGCCAUGGAACCAUGACGUCGGCCGAGGACGCAGAGGAGCUGGAGGAGGCCGAGCAGCAGGACGACACCACCUGGAGCUGGACCCGUCUGACCAUGAACUACGUGGGCCAGCUGGCCGGCCAGGUGUUCGUCCAGGUGAAGGAGCUUUACCGAGGCCUGAACCCGGCCACGCUGUCCGGCUGCAUCGACGUCAUCGUGGUGCGGCAGCCCGAUGGAUCGCUGCAGUGCUCGCCGUUCCACGUUCGCUUCGGCAAGAUGGGUGUCCUGCGGUCCAGAGAGAAAGUGGUCGACAUGGAGAUCAAUGGCGAGCCGGUGGAUCUGCACAUGAAGCUGGGCGACAACGGGGAGGCUUUCUUUGUGCAGGAGACAGAAAACGAUCAGGAAGUGGUCCCGUCCUACCUGGCCACGUCCCCCAUCCUGUCCGACGAGGCCAUGAUGAGCUCCGGCCUGCUGAAGACCUCCGGGCCCUCCAUCCAGACGCUGGGCUCGCUGGGCGGCGGCGCCGAGACCGGCCUGAUGAAGAAGAGGAGGAAGAGGAGGAGGAAGUCGCGGGCGGACAGCGUGAGGCGGGAGGAGAGCGGCGACUACUCGGCCGACGAGGACAUGUUCAGCAUCGAGAUCAGCUCGGACGAAGGGGCGGAGAUGGAGAGCAGCAGGUCUUCGUCUCGGGAUGUUCUGAGAGACGAGGCAACAGUCGGUCCGACCGGUGGCUCGUACAAACAGACGAGCGUCUACACGCGCUCAGACGGAGACUGGAGUCCGAUUCAGAGUCCAGGAAACUCCCGCCCGACGUCUCCAAAGAGUGACUCUGAGCUCAUCACCAAACCGUCGGAUGCCGGCGGCCAGAACCCGGCCAUGCACUGGGCCUGGGGGGAGCUGCCUCAGGCUGCCACGCCCUCCUUCCUCCCUCUGAAGCCGGAGCCUCCGUCCGUCUGCCCCGUCUCCAUCCCCGUCACCGAGAGCACACACUUCAGGGUGAUCAGCCACGAGAUGCUGGAGGAGACGGUGGUCACGGUCGGGAUGGAGAUGGAGACGUCCAGGAUGGAGACGUCCAGGAUGGAAACGUCCAGGAUGGAGACGUCCAGGAUGGAGACGUCCAGGAUGGAGUGUCAGGCUGCAGGAGGAGCAGCAGCUCGCAUGAUGUCUGACAUGGAGGAGACGAUGCUCCGUCCGCUUGGCAAGACGGACUCUCCAUCCAAGAGAAAAGUUUCUGGAGGUUUCUUUGCUCCCGUCUCAUUUUUCUUCACCGUGGAUCACUUCAUAAAGUACUAUAACUGGAGCACGGCGGCUCCCCUGGUGCUGGCGAUGCAGGCCUUCCAGAAGCCUCUGCCCAAGGUCGCCGUGGAGAACAUCAUGAAGGAGAAGAUGCCCAAGAAGGGAGGCCGCUGGUGGUUCAGCUGGAGGGGCCGGAACAGCGGCAGCAAGCCGGACUUGGCGUCGGAGCGAGGAGCCUGUGGUUCUGCUGAGCAGGUCGGGAAAAUGACAAACCGACACAAGGAGGAGUCUUCUUCCAGCGACGAAGACCACCGAGCUGCCAAGCAGAGCUCCGGUUCCGUCCAGUCAGAACCUGGACUCGCGUCGGGAGGCGUCUCGUACAAGAAAACGCUCCGACUCACGUCAGAGCAGCUGCUGUCUCUGCAGCUGCAGGACGGACCCAACGACGCCGUGUUCAGCGUGACCACCCAGUACCAGGGGACCUGCCGCUGCCAGGGAACCAUCUACCUGUGGAACUGGGACGACAAGAUCAUCAUCUCCGACAUCGACGGAACCAUCACCAGGUCGGACACGUUGGGCCACAUCCUGCCCACGCUGGGGAAGGACUGGACCCACCAGGGCAUCGCUCAGCUCUACCACAAAGUCAGCCAAAACGGCUACAAGUUCCUGUACUGCUCGGCCCGAGCCAUCGGCAUGGCCGACAUGACCCGCGGCUACCUGCACUGGGUCAACGAGAGGGGCACCAUGCUGCCGGUCGGCCCGGUUCUGCUGAGCCCCAGCAGCCUGUACGUCCGUCUGGGCGAGGUGGUCGACCACGUGUUCCCUCUGAAGAUGCGAUCGUCUUCUUCGGAUUUUCCCUGCUCGGACACCUUCAGCCACUUCACCUACUGGAGGGAGCAGCUCCCCCUGGUGGAGCAUCAGGGCGCUGCGCAGCAGCAGGAGCAGCUCCAUGAAUGAACAAACGAACGAGCCGAUCGGCGACGUGUUUCUGUGGACGUUUACAGACGAUGCAGCACUUUUAUCAGAGAGUCGACCGGCCGGCUGUGAAAAGUCUUAACGCACAAGACGGACGUAUAAUCAACGCACUUUUACUCGGAGGCGCCUCGGAGGUCGUCUCCUUUAUAUGUAUAUGAGAAGUUAUUUAUUCAGGCAGCUUGUAGCACACGUAGCGUUCUGGUGGGAGCGUUGACGCGACGUUCUGUUAGCAUUCUGAGUGUAACCGACUCGACCCGGUGCCAAAUUAGGUUUCUUCUUACGCAGCUCCCUUGUGCAGGUUUAUGAUGCAGCACACCCGACAGAAUAAAGGUCAAAGCAGUUUUAUUGGUACCGAGCACAGCGAACGGAGAGUUUGUUUAAAUGCACUGUAAAAAAUGUAUUUAAAUUCUGAACAUCUGGCAGCAGAAGUACCAGAAAAUCUAAAAA